AUGAAUCCUAACGUUAUCCUUCCUGGACUAUUUCUAGCAGCUCUGUUCCUCAUGAUCAGUGAGGCACCCAAUGUCAAGCUGACAAAUGUGGUUUGUGAAUAAAACAAAUCGUUGACAGUUUUUCAUUAUUGCCGGCUAAAGGCUUACUCGCGUAACAAGAAAAUCAUGAAUAUAAAUGCAACAUUUCUACAUCCAACGAAUAAUGUAUCCCUCAGAUUAAAGAUGGUGAAAAGAUUAAGUGGCUAUAAGCCAUUUCUCUUCGAUAUCAGAAUCGACGCCUGCCUAUUUUUGCGAAAACGACAUAAUCCCGUUAUAAAAAUGUUUUAUAGCUUUAUAAAGGAUUAUUCUACACUAAAUCAUACAUGUCCUUAUGUGUGCUUGCAGGUGGUUAGCGAUUAUCACACCGCUGUUUUUCCAGUUUUGAUUUAG